GCUUUCGUAAGAUUUAUGUAAAAAAAAAUAGACACAAGUUUCUUGUUCUUUGCCGUCUCCGUGUCCUUCUCCCUCUUGACCCUCCCUUUUACGUCUUAGCAAAACUCGGCAACCGCCAUGGCGACGGCGCUUCGCUGGUCACCUCUAUCCAUCUCCAAAUGCUUCCUCCUCGUCUCUCGCCGCCUUUCAUAUCCAUCUCUCCAGCUUUACAUCCACUCCCUUCUACCACAACCGCUCAACCCCCGCCCCAAUCUCAGCCCACCUCUCUCCGCCGUUCCACUUUCAUCCUCCAUUUUUUAUCACCCCCGCUUCAUUCUCCGCGCCUUCUCCUCCAAUUCGAACACCAACAGUCCCUCCUCAUUCGACUGGUCUGACGAUGAGGACGACACGAAGAUCAAAGAAGUGGCGAAGGGUAACAAAACCAUGCCCCCUCCUUACGACCCCUUUAACAAGAAACCCGCGAUAGAGGAACCCAAAGACCCUUCCAAUCUCCAGGAAAUCUUCCACAAGCUGCGCACGGAUGGCCUCACUAAUAGCGCCGUUAAGAUGUUCGACGCUUUGUCUAAGGACGGACUCACUCACGAGGCCCUCGAGCUCUUCGCAGUUAUCAAAGAUAAGGGCAAUAUGCCUGAUGUCGUCGCCCACACUGCUGUAAUCGAGGCCUACGCCAACGCCGGCGGGCAUUCCAAAGAAACUAUACGUACCUUCGAUCGAAUGCUUGCUUCCGGCGUUUCUCCUAACGCUUACACUUACGCAGUUCUCGUGAAGGGUCUUGCUAGGGAUUCCAAACUCCCGGAGGCGAGAAAGUACCUGCUUGAGAUGAUGGGCAAGGGAAUGAAGCCCAAUGCUCCUACCUACUUGGCGGUCUUCGAGGCAUACCUUCGCGAGCAGCAGCUUGAUGAUGCCAGGAUUCUGCUCGAUGAAAUGAGAGGAAAGGGAUUUCGACCAGAUGAGAAGGCUGUGAGAGAGAAUCUCAGCAAACGAGGUCAGGUAUUCAGAGGUAUUAUGAGCCUUCUCUUCGGCAGGUGAAGCUGGAAGCUUCCAUGAUGUGUUUGAUGAAAUGCCUGUGCAAAAAAGAAAAAUCAACGGGGGAUACCCCGGCUACAUUGUGUGAGUUAUUCUCCUCCUCCCAUGCCUAGUUUGUUUUGUAGUUGCUUGUGUCUAUGUUGGUUAAGUUUGAUUGCAAAGCUUCUACCAUUAUAUAUGUGGUUUUAUCUUUCUUCUUAAAA